AAUCAAUAUUGCAUAACUUAUACAAUUAAACCAGGCAUAAUCUAAUUGCAUAACAUUAAAUCAAUCAAUAGGCAGUAGUAGAAAUUUUGAAAUAGGCACCCUUCUUUAGCACCGGUUCUUGAAAACCGGUGCCCAAAGAAAUGGGUGGGAUUGGAAAAUUCAGAGUUGGCACCGGUUCCAACCAAAACUGGUGCCAACUAAUCUAAUUAGCACCGGUUCAAACCGGUGCGAACCAAAAAAAAAAAACGAAGAAAGCAAUAGAGUUGGCACCGGUUCGUCUUAAACCGGUGCCCACUUUAGUAGUUAGCACCGGUUUGAACCGGUGCCAAAAAAAAAACCGGGCUUCUCAGCUCGUAUUUCUUCUUCUUCUUUUCUUUCCCCCUGAUUUUUCAACUUGUUUUUUCCCUCAACUCGUUCUCACCUUCUCUUCCAGGCCACCACCUCCGAAUUCCCACCUUCUCCAUUGAAGCAGCUGCAUGCACCUCCUUCUCUCUCCAUAUAUCUCCUCCAUUGAACUCGUGCUCUCUAUUCUCCAUUGAAGCGCAUUCUGAGUUUUCUCACCUCCAUUGAAGCAGCUUCGAGGUAAGAUUUGGGCCAUUGUGGUCUUCUUAAUCUACCGAAUUUCUUCGCAACCUAGGGUUUGUCGUUGAUUUGGUUUUCAAUUUUGUAAUUUUAGGGUUCUGGUUUUAUUUCUAUUUUUUGUCAAACAAAAUAAGUAGGAGAAGGAGAGAGUAGGUCCUACCCGCCGCCACUCACCCUUCGCCGGCCACCCUCCGUUCCCCUCAGUCGUCCUUCGUGCGUCGGCUACCGACCACCAGGUAAUUUUUCUAAUAUUUUUCCUUAACACUAGAUAUCAGUUAUCACCUGAUAUUUCUGAGCAAUAAUUAUUAUCAAAACUUGAGAGAUUUUUUAACAUUUUUGGGUAAAAUUUCGUCUUUGAAUUGAUAUAAUAAAUUAUCGUAGUCGGUCGAUAUAAUCAUGCAAGGUAGAAAACCCAAUUUGUUUGCCGAAUUAUUCAAAUUUUGAGCGUUUAUUAGAGUCGAUUGAUAUAAUCAAUGAAUCCUGCUAACACUGUUUUUUGUUGUUUUCUCUAAAUUUUUUUCAAUUUUUUGUUGCGAUUUAUAGUUUUUGGAUUAGAUAUGUUUAUUUUCUUGCUAAUUCUGUAUUAAAUUGUUGUUUAUAUUUACGAUUUUAUUGUGAUUUUUAUUGCAAUUUUCUGGCAAUGUUUAGUUGACUAAGACGGACAGACAUUGAUGCAGGUAGAUGAAUGGUGAGUUUUUUUUUUUUGUGUGUGUGUGUGUUGGGGGAGAGGGGGUUACACCUUGUUUUGAUCAUUUUCUGCGCAAAAAUUGUAGAGCAGUUCAUAAAAUGAACCAUUAGGUGGUUUUUAAAUAUGCUUCACAAUUUAGAAUUCUGGACAGUUCAUAAUUUUGUAGCUUAAGCCUUUAACACUUCACAAACAAAAUGCCUAAAGCCUUUAUCACUCACUCUGUCAGACCUCAAGUCUCAAUAAAUCUCAAUAUAUAACACAUUGUUCUUCAAAUUUUAAUGCCUUCUUUUUUCCUCAAAUUAACCCUCAUAUAGGAUAUUUGUAAGCUAAAAAUGUGUAUUGAUCAAGUUUAUCUGCUUAGUAUGAUGAUUUGAAGGUGUUGAGGCCUCUUUUUAUUCCUCAAAAAAUGUUCUAGUUUAUAAUUAUUUUAAUAUGUUUACGCUAAUAAGUCUAGAAAAGGGCUGGUAAGUUCAAUUAUAACUAAAAGUAAGUUUAUGUUAGGGCCAAUAAGUUGGUUAGUUUACAUCAGAUAUGACUGGAGUUUCUAGGUGAAAAAUACAUAGCCUGAAAAUUCUAUCAGUUUUUGUUGAUAUAUGAAGAAAUGGCUCAUGUUAUAAAUAGAUAAACUUGUGCGUGAGAGGAAAUUAGUUGGUGAUGUGGACUCGUCUCUUGAGAAAAAUAGAGAACACAUGAGAAAUUGUUGACCUCAUUUAUUCAACAGUAAGUAUGCAUGAUAUGCCUUCUAUGUAUGUGGGUGAGAAUCGGGUAGUAUAUUAAUGGUUUUCAUCAUCUGUAUAUAAUAGAUGCGAAUGUGGCUGGACUACAUUGACGGAGACUGUACAGUUUACUUUGUCAGAUCUAUCAUUUUAUAAUCUAUGAAGAUUGAUUUACUGCUGAUUUUUUGAAUUUAAUUGUGAUUUUACUGUUGCUAUGCUUGUCAAGAGACAUGGUGAUGGAUUGCUACCUAUUGAUGACUACAACAUUGAGCUUGAGGAUCAAAGAGGGCAGAAGCUUAAUAUGGGUUCUGACAGAUCAAAGUGCAAAGCAUUUGCCGGCAGAGACAAAACUGGAACACGAUGAAGCUUUACUAUCCCAAGAGGCUGAUGCUGAUUAUGUCAUAGAAGUUUCAGGUGCGAUCAACAGUAAUGCAGCAUUUUAUAGUGGUUAUCAGGGGUAUGAUAGUAGUAAUUGGUAUAAUGGUGCCUCAGUUGAGGAAAUGGCAGAAACAGGGCAGAAACACAGCCAGUAGAGCAGCCACCAGCACAAGACCAAGACAUCUAGUUAAAUGAAAUGCAAGAAAGGUCGAUCAGAGAUAAGUCUAGAUUAUUUAAUUUUUUUUGGACAAAAAUUGUAAUAUUAUAGCCUUUUUUAAUGAAUAUAUUUAACUUUAUAUAUA